AAACAGAUGAUUUGGUUGCUCUGCUGCAGCACUUCGUAUAAUCCAAUCUUGUUCUCUCCCCCACCAAAAAUCAAGACGUGUGGGUGCCCCGCGGCACUCGCUAUUGGCCGUGUCCUGCUCUUGAAGACUGGAUCGGUUAUUAGUGCGGGAAUGUCGGUGAGCCACAUGCGGUUUCUCUUACAAAUAGCAUCGCGGUGGUGAGUCAUAAAACCUUAUCCCUCGCCACAUACAUAAGGUGAUUAUCUUGGAAACGAAAAGAAUAAGGGCGAAAAUAAUACUCCGAUGCGUUUCAGCCGUUGGCUUGAUGGUUCUGCCGCCUCAUGACCCAAGUACGGAGUAGUGGGAUGAUAGUUGGGCUUCGGGGCGUUGCAAUUGGCCGCCCGUAAUCAACUGCGACAUUUUAGGGCGUUGAUAAGGAGGUGUGUCAUCGCGAGAUUGACUUGUUUUCUACUAGCUCUUCGCAGUCCUCCCGUAGUUUCCUGCGGCUGGAUUUAUUGAGUGGUUGCAGGGGGCGGCUGUGGGA